GUCAAUGGGCACGAAAAAAUGUCGAGUUUACGACGAGCCAGCGUCGUUCGUUAGUUUCCCAUAAUUUCGAUCCUCGAUUGGUCAACACUUUCUUUUUCGUGUUUCUUUUUACUCCAAUUAUCGACGGGCCUCUCUCGCGACCCACGCAACUUUGUGUUUAGUGAGUUUCGAUCUCUUUUUUUUCUUCAACUCUCGGCCUCCUCAGAUGGUGAACAAAUAAAGUGAGCCAGAACCCUGGGUAGCCGCACUGCAUGAAAGUGGCCAAGCAAAAUGUCAGUGAAGAUGACGAGGUACAAACAGGCAGAGUUUGAGGACGAGGACAGCAGCAGCAUCGGCUCGAUAGUGCUCAACAGCGAGGGAAUAACGACAUCUGGAACGCACAUACGAUACCACUCGGGCACAACGCUUUGGAGAGCAAGAAGUACACUGGAAAGAUGUUUGCUGGUGACUUGCAUAGGUUUACUGCUUUUGAUUCUGAUCCUCGGAGGCCUUCUCCACAGCAAACAUCGCUGGGAGGAUGCUCCACGAGUCCACGUCGUACCGAAAGAUGGCUCGCCUUGUUUGACGGAGCACUGCGUGACCGUGGCAGCCUCGAUAAUAAAUGGUAUCGAUCGUACGAUAAACCCCUGCGACGACUUCUAUGAAUACGCUUGCGGCGGUUGGAUUAAGAAAAAUCCAAUUCCUGAUGGGAAAAGCACGUGGGGCACGUUCACGAAGCUCGAGCAGGAAAAUCAGCUGGUCGUUAAGAACGUGUUGGAAAAACCUAUUGAGGAGAUGAAAUCGAAGGCAGAGAGGAAAGCAAAGUUGUAUUAUUUGUCGUGCAUGGACGCGAACGAAACGAUCGAGGCAUUGGGCGGACAACCGUUGCUCGAUCUCCUCGACAAUGUUGGGGGAUGGAACAUCACCGGUAAAUUCAACGUUUCGAGGUGGACUCUCCAAAGGAGCAUGCACGUUUUGCAGAACGUUUAUAACAUGGGAGGCUUGUUUUCUUGGGCCGUUAACGAGGACGACAGAAAUAGUAGCAUUCACAUAAUACAGAUUGAUCAAGGAGGACUGACGUUGCCGACGACGGACAAUUACUUGAACAAAACCGAGCACGGAAAAAUCCUCGUUGCCUACUUGGACUACAUGACCAAGAUUGGCGUGCUGUUAGGAGGUGAGGAAAACGAAACGAGACGACAAAUGCAAGCUGUUAUCGAUUUCGAGACGAGACUCGCUGAAAUAACGACGCCCCAAGAGGAGAGAAGAGACGAAGAAAAGCUUUACAAUCGAAUGUCCAUCAGCGAUCUUCAACGUUUAGCACCUUUCAUGUCGUGGGUAGAAUAUUUCACGAAUGCGACGCGUCUCGUCAACAAAAAGGUCAACAGCAAAGCCAUGAUCGUAAAUUUCGCGCCUGAAUAUUUUGAGAAAUUGGCGAGGGUCGUUCAGGAAUACAAUAAAACCGACACCGGAAAAACGGUUCUGAACAAUUAUCUGGUGUGGCAGACGGUCCGGUCCCUGACCGCUUUCCUCUCGAAACCGUUCAGAGAGGCCUACAAAGGCUUGAGGAAAGCACUCAUUGGAUCUGAAGGGCGAGAGGAACAAUGGCGUUAUUGCGUAAGCGAUGCUAACAAUGUUAUGGGAUUUGCCAUAGGUGCGAUGUUCGUUCGCGAAGUUUUUCAUGGAAAGAGCAAAACCAAGGCCGAGGAAAUGAUAAACGAAGUGCGCGAAGCAUUCACCAAGAAUCUGAAAAACCUCGAUUGGAUGGACGCAGAAACGAGAAUGUCAGCGAACGAAAAAGCGAUCGCGAUAACCGACAUGAUCGGCUUUCCUUACUUCAUCCUCAAUCCCAACGAGCUCGACGAGCGUUAUCGAGAACUAUCGAUUCGACAGAACGAAUAUUUCCUUAAUAAUAUUCGCGUCAAUAAGUACACGCUGAAAAAGAAUCUGGAGAAGCUGGACCAACCGGUGAACAAGACCACCUGGAUUAUGUCUCCCCCAACCGUCAACGCUUAUUACACGCCUACGAAAAAUCAAAUGGUCUUUCCCGCGGGAAUUCUUCAGAGCCCGUUUUACGAUAUGGAAAAUCCUAUCAGCUUGAAUUUCGGAGGCAUCGGAGUCGUCAUGGGCCACGAAUUGACUCAUGCCUUCGAUGAUCAAGGGAGAGAAUACGACUUGCAUGGGAACUUGCACCAGUGGUGGAACAACGCGACGAUCGAGAGGUUCAAGAAUCGAACCGAGUGCAUCGUCGAUCAAUACAGCGAUUACGAGAUCCAGGGUCGCCGCGUUAACGGAAGACAAACACUAGGUGAAAAUAUAGCCGAUAACGGAGGCCUUAAGGCGGCUUAUCACGCCUAUUUGUCGAUGCCGAAAAGCUACGACGAUCAAAUGCCGUUGCCGGGGCUGAAUCUGACGCAUCGGCAAUUAUUUUUCUUGAGUUUUGCGCAGGUUUGGUGCUCCGCUGUAACGUCCGAGGCGAUAGGCCUGCAGAUCGAGAAAGAUUCUCACUGUCCUCCCAAGUACAGGGUGAUCGGACCACUAUCAAAUUUGCCAGAAUUUGCGACCGAAUUCAAUUGUCCGAAGGGUUCGAAGAUGAAUCCUGUCCAGAAGUGCGAAGUUUGGUAAUGAAAAUCGAGAUGAAAGAGCGAAUAAAAGCAACGUUUGAAUAAAUAUAUAAAUGAAUAAAAAGAAAAAAGAAAAUUUGAAUCCGUACAAAUCGGAACUUUAGUGGUAACGUUUGGGGAUGUAAAAAGGCGGAGUUACAGGAAAUAUCCCUCGCAAAUUUUUACCGAUAAUAGCAUAAACGGCCAUAAAUAUCUUCAUUUUUAAACGGUAUGUCCAGCAUUGAAGGAAGAAACAAAAAAAAACAAGAACAACUCUUUAUUUUAUACGACGAUUAAAGCACUGUCCAUGAUUUUUCCUAUAGCGAGAAACGGUACAGAGAAAUUUAAUUUCCUGUCCCUAUGGCAGUACAAAAACAAACAAAAUAGCAGCAGGACAGAAGACAUGAAAACUGUCGAGGUAUAUCGAUGUAUCUCGAAUUAAUCAAAAAUUAAGAAAUAUACGAAGAUGUAGAGAGAUAGAAAGAAAUAAAAAAGCGAAGCCGGGAGGCGAUUAAGAAUCGAGGAAAAUUCACAACUAUAACAGUAUCGAUCAAUUUUAAAAAUGAGUGUCUGCGUGUAUGUACAGAAUAAUGUUACGUAUUAUUUAUAGUUAACGAGAAAAAUUUACUUUUCACGGUGCUUGCGUCUUGAGAGACCGAGAAAAUAUAGAAUUUUCGUGCCAAGUCAUAUUUCUGCAGGCAGGAUGAGAAAAAGAAACGAAUAGUAUUUAAGCUUUGAGGAUAUAAAUUAUUUUCUAACAGGAGAACUGCUCGAAAAAUGAGCCCUCGAGACCAGAGAUAUAUAUACGUAGUUAAUGUUUCAUUAUUAUUGUGUUACGUAGCACUACGAUCGCUGUAACGUUGAAAAUACUUUUGUUACUCAAGUGUAUAUUGUCUACACAAGUAUAGUCAAAGUUCGUUUGUUUAUUUUUCUUUAAGGGGGAGUCCUGCUCUUGGAAGUAAAAAAAUCGAUUGUUUUCGGGAAUGUUUUUAGGAUAGACGGAAAUAACUGACCGUAGCGAACUUCUCGGUAUAUUUCAAGAGUGCAAAAACAUUUUUUUAAUGUGAGAAAUACUAAUUUGUACAUGGUUUAUGCGCCAGGUCUGAUCGUCGAAGUUUCUCAGCUGCGUACAAUGUGGAGAUCGUAAUUAUUGUUUGCAACAAAAAUUCCAAAUUUUUUUUUCCAAUUUCAUAUGAACCUAUGAAAAUCCGAAAAAAUUGCGAAAUUCUAUAUUUACAGCACGUUGAAGCGAUAUCUUUCUUCUUUAGAAGCAUUUUUUUGUCAAACUCGCUAGAAAUAUAGAAUUUCGCAAUUUUUUCGGGUUUUUAUAGGCUCACGUGGAAGGAAAAUAUAUUAAAAUGGAAAAAAAACGUUUGGAGUUUUUGUUGGAAAUAAUAAUUACGAUCUCAUUCAUUGUACGCAGCUGAGAAACUUCGACGAUCAGACUUGGCGCAUAAACCAUGUGCGAAUUAGUAUUUCUCACAUUAAAAAAAUGUUUUUGUACUCUUGAAACCUUGAAAUCCUUGAAAUUGUUCGCAUGGUGGGUUAAGUCGGUCUAUCCAAAAACAUUCCCGAAAACAAUCGAUUUGUUGACUUCCUAAAGCAGGACCCCCCUAAAAUACAAAGUCGAGGUACUUUCAUUCGUCGUAUUUUUCCAUCCGAUCAUCAUUUUUUCAUCCGAUUCAUAAUCAUUUAUUAUCGUUUAUGUUUAGUUUGCAAACAUUCAAGUUAUGUUAAUCACACUCUUGUCGGAGCUUGAUGGCAAACAUCCGUCUUACGUACACGAACGGAUAUUUUUUUAGAACAAUCGACUUUGGAAAUUCCUGUUUGCGCUCAAAUGAUGUUGAGUUACGAAAAAAUUGGACUUCGAGUUUGUUUACGUUAGGAACAGUAUUAGAAUUUUCUUUCUUCUUCCAUGUGCGUGCAAUUGAAAUAAUAAUAAAAAAACAAAACAAAACAAAACAAAACAAAACAGAAUGAUAGUCAAAACAUUUUUCUCUGCUGGUUUAACUGGCACCGGAAUGAAAUUAUCAUCAUCAUCAUCAUCGGAGCUUGACGAUUAUGCAUCGUUUUCUUUCGUUCGUAUACGGAAAUGUUUCUGUGUGAUUAAACGAUUGUUUACGCCGAGAAGAAAAAAGUUGCACGAUUACCUGUGAUACUCGUGUGUGCGUGUGUGUGUGUGUUUUUGUGGGAUAAAGAAAAAAAAACAGGAAAAAUUGAAAAACGUUAAAGACGAUUCGACGUGAAUUCAUCGACGUUUUUUUUUCACUCGACUCUCACUUUUUUUCUUUCAACGGAUUUAUGUAUUAUGACGUGUGUAACAGAUGCAACCUAAGCCGCAAAACCCCGAGAAUAAAAUGUGAACAGAGACCUCAAAUGAA